AUGCGGUAUUCCCUUCUGUGUCUGCUGCCGUUUGUGCUGCUCGCACAUGUGGUUAUCGCUCAAGGCUCUAUUACUGAUGUUUGCGCCGGUAUGAAAGGCGUUUCUGGCUGCAAAGUCUCCAUCACCGUGCCCACCGGUGUCAAAGUGAACACCAAACGCAAGACGGUGAAAGUGUACAACAAGUGCAAGACCAAGAAGCAGGUCAAGUACAACUGCGGUACCAAGCAGAAGCCCAAAACUUGUACUAAGACCCAAUGUGUGCCUGGUUACGACGACAAGAUCCAAAAUGUGCCCUCGAGUUUGACCGUCCUUACCAAAAAGAUCAAUCUUUGCAACCAGAUACGCAGUAUCCUUGGCAACACCAUCGGGAACAAGUUCAUCAACUCGAACAAUGCACUCUGCUCAUGCUUCCCCAAGGUGAAGCAGCUGGAGAGCAGCGGGAAGUUCACUUCUAUCUCGUCCAAAGGCGAGCUAAAGUCGGAAAACAGCAAUGUCAUCAAGACUGCUGGCGAGUUACAGACGUGCAUCGCCAAUGCCGGCUUCCCUGUCAAGGAUAACAAGGCUGCCGUCCUUGCACCCUUGAAGCCCAAGGAUGGUUGGGCUUUUGCCCCAGCUGCAGAGAUUGAUAUGAACUUGUACAAGAACCUGAUUGAUCUUACGGUCCCCUGUCAGGCUGGCUCCUGCAACGUCAACCUCAUCCGUGAUACAAUCAAGAGCUACGUGACAAAGUCAUACGAAACGAUGAAGCAGCCCAUUACUAGCAUCGUGGGUGACUGGUACGACAAGAUAUAUGAGCUAUUGGCAAGCAUACUGGCCUAUUCUCAAAGCUGCGACAACGUGCAGUUCACCAUACAGGAUGUCUAUACUGAGAUCUCCGACCUCGCAACCCAGAUCUGCGAGACGCUUCACAAGUGCGACGGCCCAAAAGUUGACGAAUUCCUACAAGAGACCUACGACCUCGUUCAAAUGGUUGGUGACCUCUGGGAAGCUCGAAACCCUCUCGGCACCGCCAACACUGCCCUGACGGGACUUUUGGGUCGCUCCAGCAAGCUGAAAGAUGAGUGGCCGACAAAUAUCUUGACCACGAGUCAAAUAGUCAACGCCAUCCAGCAAGGCCAGUUCAAGACCGUCAACGACAUCUUCAAGUUCAUGCCCAUCGCCACGGAUCUUCCGGCGUUAGCCUCGGACAUCCAGACAGCCUCAUUUGCCCUCUUCGAUAUCCUUGAUCAGUAUCAACACGUCGCAGAAGAGGCCUUGGUCCUGGCCAACAAGCUUAUCGCCAUCGACUGGACAAAGGUCCCAGAUGAGGUAACUUUUAACGACGGAACCUACAACCGGCUCGUAGUCAUACAGAUUUUGAUCAACAGCAAGAUAAAAACAUCUGUCGAAGGCUAUGUGGCAUCGUGCAAAGCACUGCAAACGGCCCUGGACAACUUCUCCUUGACCAACGGCCGCUACAGUGUUGUCAAGUCGGUGGUUACCUACCAGCGAUUCAGCACCGUUUCCAUGGACAUGCCCUGCUCCAAGAUGAUCAAGCAGGUUUUCAAGAAAUCUGGACUGACUACCUCGUUUACUUAUCGAACGUUUUGGAAGUGCAAGUUUAACCAGGCGGCACAAUACCCUCGGAACCACAUUCCAUACAUGCGGAUCCGAGGCAACGCUUAA